ACUUCAGUUGUUUGAGUCGGGUCGACCCACCACAGGCCACACCACACUUCUCCCCUAGACACGAAUACGCAAAGAUGGGAAGAGGAUUUCCAUCCAUCAAUGUCUUUUGUUUCCACCUUUUUUAUUUUUUUAUUUAAAUAUUUUUGGAGGGUUUUUUCUUCAUCUAAUAAUUUAUUAUUAAUUACAAUUACAAUAUACAGAUACCUCUCUCUCUCUCUCCUAGUUGUAUGUAUAUCAGGUAGUACUGUACUGGCCACUUCAAUUUUUUUAUAUAUUUUUAUCUCGUGUGUGUGUGUGUGUGUGUGUUUGAGGGUAUUUGGGGGCGACGAGACAACCCACCAAUUGUUGCUGCUCUCUCACGACUGAAAGGAAAAGAGAAAAGAUUAGAUUUUUUUCAUACCGAUAUCAUAUGUCGAUGGGAUCACAUCAAAACCCCUCGAUUCUUAACUGCUCGCUAGUCAUCUGCCUCUUCUUCUGACCCCUAUUGUUCACUACAUGUUCCCCUAUCCCCUUCAGAUUUGAUUUCUUCACUUCAGACCCAGGCAUGCUAUGUGGAUAGUGAAAGGGUGUGUUCGUGCUUAUGUGCCUUCUUUUUAACCCUUUUUCUGGGAUCUAGCUUUUUGUUGGACCAACUAUCUGUUGCUUAUACGCUAUUUCUAGGAUGGUCCGGUUUUGAAUUACGUUUUAUACUUGUAAAAUCGUACAAUCUGAGGUCCAUUUAAAUUAAAACUAUCGGCUUUCUUUAUUUCUACCACUUGAAGAUGUAGUCUGGGUGUUUAGUAACUACAAGAAAAGCCGAUGGGUUCAAGAUUCCCAUCUCAUCAGCUCAGUAAUGGGCUGUAUGUGUCAGGGCGGCCGGAGCAGCCAAAAGAAAGAGCUCCGACCAUGAGCUCUUCAGCCAUGGUUUACACAGGUGGUGACAUCAAGAAAUCCGGUGAGCUAGGAAAGAUGUUUGAUAUUAACACUGACGGCUCAAAAUCAAGAAAAUCCGGCCCAAUAACCGGUCCUUCAAGAACCGGAUCUUUCACAGGAGUCGCUUCACAUUCAGGACCAAUCAUGUCAAACGCCGCCAGGUCUAGCUACUCCACAUCAGGCCCUGUGUCAACCGGCGGCGUUCCUGUAUCUGUCAAAAAGUCAAACUCAGGGCCACUAAAUAAACACGGCGAGCCUAUAAAAAAGUCUUCCGGUCCUCAAUCUGGCGGAGUGACGCCGGUGAACCGCCAAAAUUCAGGCCCUCUGCCGCCGGUCCUCCCUGCAACCGGCCUAAUCACAUCCGGCCCAAUCUCUUCCGGCCCAUUAACUUCAUCCGGAGCUCCCCGGAAAUUUUCUGGCCCUCUGGACUCUAAGGGCUCGAUGAAAGUACACGGCGUUGUUAACAAUCAGGCUGUGACUACUCUUACUAAAGACGAUGAUUACUCAUUCAAGAAGGGUUUCCCGAAGAUAAUAUUAUGGUCCAUGAUUCUGUUGUUUGUGAUGGGAUUCAUUGCUGGUGGGUUUAUUCUUGGAGCUGUGCACAAUGGUAUUCUCCUUGUGAUUGUGGUGGUUCUUUUCAUCAUUGUUGCAGCGUUGUUCACCUGGAAUACUUGUUAUGGUAGACAAUCCAUCAUUGGAUUCAUUGCUCGUUAUCCUGAUGCUGAACUUAGAACUGCAAAAGAUGGUCAAUAUGUCAAGGUUUCAGGGGUGGUGACAUGUGGAAACGUGCCACUUGAAUCAGCCUUCCAGAAGGUUCCAAGAUGCGUGUAUACUUCCACAAGUUUAUAUGAAUACAGAGGAUGGGAUUCAAAAGCAGCCAACCCUACACAUAGGAAGUUUACAUGGGGGCUGAGGUCAUCAGAAAGGCAUGUGGUGGAUUUUUACAUAUCUGAUUUCCAAUCUGGAUUAAGGGCAUUGGUAAAGACUGGAUAUGGAGCAAGGGUGACACCUUAUGUGGAUGAAUCGGUAGUUGUUGAUGUGAAUCCUUUGAAUAAAGAUUUGUCUCCAGAGUUUGUGAGGUGGUUGGGUGAGAGAAACCUGUCGAGUGAUGAUCGUGUGAUGAGAUUGAAAGAAGGGUAUAUCAAGGAAGGGAGCACAGUAAGUGUGAUGGGAGUAGUGCAGAGGAAUGAGAAUGUGCUGAUGAUAGUUCCACCAGGGGAUGCAUUCACAACAGGGUGUCAAUGGGCAAAGUGUAUGCUGCCAGGAAGCUUGGAGGGCAUAGUGUUGAGAUGUGAAGAUGCAUCAAAGGUGGAUGUCAUACCUGUGUAGCUAUGUAGAAGAUGCAUCAAAAGUGGAGUUUGAAGGUUGCAGUUUUAAUUUUUUUUUUCUUUUUUAUUAUGAUUUUCAAGAUAUAUAGUAGGUAGAUACUAGUGGGGUUGUAUGUUAUUGUGAAUAGGUUUUUGAUGGAAAAGAUGGU